AUGGCGCCGCGUUCGUAUACCUACUUUGGCCGGAGUGGCGCAUCGAAGAAGAGCACGCAAGAUCUCCCUACAGCAGCAUCGCCAGCGUACAUGGCCCAAGUCCUUAGCAUCGAGAGUGUCAAAUCCACUACUCCAGUCCCAAACCCAUCAAAGAAGUUCCAACCCCGCAAACGCAAAGCCCGAUCUCCAAUCCCAGACGAAGAAGACGAAGACGAGGAAGACCCUUUCGCCGCCGCUGAAGCCCGAGAAGAAAUGGCUGGUAUCGGACCAUCCAAGCCCAAGCGAGCUCGUAAGGGGGAUGAGGUUGAGGAGAAGCGUCUCCGACGAUUCAGACAGAAGGCGCCAGCUACCUAUCUGGAGCGAUUGGAGCGUGUUAGAUGUCAGCGAAUGUUUUUAAUUGAUCGACAGAGGCACCGUAGCGAGGACGGGAUGGGUGAGGAAGAGAAGUUCGAUAUUGCUGGAAGCACAGGCAAUAUCUAUCAGGUCACUAUCGGCAAGGUCCCGAGGUGUACCUGUCCGGAUGCGUCCAAGGGAAACCAGUGCAAGCAUAUCAUCUACGUCAUGGUGAACGUCCUCAAAGCCCCCGAGAACCUUGCGUAUCAACUUGCACUUCUGAGCACCGAAGUAGCCGAGAUCUUCGCUAACGCACCCGUCACACCCCAAUCGUCCGACGCGGUUGCUUCCACCGCGACCGACACCGGCGGCUCCCGCAAGCCCAUCGAAGGCGACUGCCCCGUAUGCGUCAUGGAGUUCGACGAGAAGGACAAAUCCGAGGACAUUGUGUGGUGCAAGGGUUCGUGCGGCAACAAUAUCCAUCGCCACUGCUUCGAGCAGUGGGCCAAAAGCAAGCCUGGUACCGCCAAAUGCGUGUACUGCCGAACUCCUUGGAAAGGGGACGUGGAUAAUCUUAAGCGGCAAAUCGCCAAGGGUGGGGCCGGGAAGGUCAACGAGGAGGGCUAUGUAAACGUCGCUGGGGAGCUUGGUAUUAGUGGUGAGCGAGACACGUCGACUUAUCAUCAAUAUUGGGCGAGAAGUGAGUUUAGCGGAGCUGGUCACGGAGGUAUGAGAGAACGUAGAUACGGAGCAUAUGGCGGAUACUGA